CUUCGGCGCGCCGACCUUUUUCUGUAACUAAGUACCUAUUCCACCGUUCCUACCGAUUGAAUGGAAACUUCACGUAUCUCCAAACGUAAAUUAUUCAUGAAUUACAUUUUUGUUUGCGUUACAUAUUAAACACCAAAGCAUUGGCCUGAUUUAGACGGAGUCUAACAAUUUAAAAUGGAAGAAAAAUCUUUGGUUUCUAGUUACGAACAUUGGAGUGAUGCAGAUAUUCAACUCCACUUUCGUUCAACUCUUUCUUUAAAAAUAAGAUCUGCUAUAGUUAGAAGCAUUUACCAGAGACUGAAGAAUUAUAUUUACUCGUCUAUAUCGAUAAAUCUAGUAUGGAAUAAUAUACAAGACUUUUUCUCUGUGAAAACGAAUAAUAGGGACAUGCGGGUGUUGGCAUACAAUUUAAUGGAAAGAUAUAUAUAUACCCAAAAGGAGCUGUCUUUGAUGGAAAGAUACGUGUUUUUCCAGUCCAUUGAACAGAAUGAUUUUCAUGAUCUCGCAGAGCUUCGACUAAAGCUCAAAACUUUAAAUGUUUUAACCCAAGAAGGACACAAACUGUCUGGAAUUGAAAACAAAAUUUGUCCUUUACUAGCGACGUGGUUCAUUCAAGCUCACCAGCUUCAAACAAAUCUCUCAGAAGAGAAUGUUCUUAAAGAAGAAGGUUUGCUAUUUUUAGCAGAGUUAUUCAAUUUUUCUAGCAAUUUGGUAAAAUUUCAAUUCUACAGAGUUCCUGAACGUCAUGCACUUAUGCUCAUUAAUUCAGUCGUUGAAGUCUGCAACCGAACACCUUUAACAGAGGUAGUUGAGAAAACAUUACUUCUUUUUGAUGCUCUUGUUCGCUAUUCUUCCGUUCCAGCAUCUUCUGUGAACGAAAUCGUUAUUAUUUUAUGCAGUGCUUUUGUGAGUACAUUUUCGUAUUCCAAGCUGGCUAAUUCCGUCGUUGUGAAUCUGUUUCAGAGCCAUAUUUCGCAUACUGUCUUUGAAGUCAUCGUAGAUAUUUUACGGAACUUGAGAACGAAUGUGAACGCUGUUCGUGGUGCAGUUCGUCUUAUGCGUUUUUUUGUAUUGCAGGAAUCAAGUAUCGAACCGAUGACAUCUUUUACUUUGAGCUCUUCUAUAAAAUACACAGAACUUCCUUUGGGGUAUCAUGAAACCAUUGAUUUUGAAAUUCUUGGUACCGUUUUUCUAUAUUUACGAAAUCCUUCUAUCUGUUCUCAAUUGUCUUCAGUUGAUUGGAGACGUAUUUAUAAUAUCUUGAUGUUUUCAUCGAGUUAUUUACCACUAGAAUCAUCGGAACAUAGAAUGUCGAUUAAUUAUGCUGCCGCCUUUGCAAACUUAUAUGACCGAAUAUUGGAUGUUUUGGAGAUUGAUGCUUUUAUACCAUCUUUUAUUUUCUUUGAAGAAAAAUUAAUUGGGUUCUUUUAUAAAAUACUUCCUCUUCUGAAAGCUCCGACUUUAAAGAAGCUUGUUCAUUACAUAGAAAUAUGUAAUCUAACUUGUCCGUCAAGUUCCUAUUGGACUCUUAAUCUUUCAUUUCUAUACAAGGUAAGCCAGACCGACUUUCUUUCUGAACAAGAUCAGGCCAAUGUUUCAAGGAUGAUUCAAAAGACUUGCUCGUUACUGGAUAAUCAUUCUGUGCCAGAGUUUUGUAGAGUUUAUCUUCUUCCAGCCUUGAGUAACGUCGGUAUUGUAAAAGAUGAAGAAUCGGUUGCCCCUUUGUAUAAUAUGCUUUUUUUUAUUCACGUUAAUCAUUCUUUUAUCGAGCUACAGGAUUUAAUUUCAAUUUAUCAGAAAAUAAUUUAUUCCCCUCAUAGUGGGAAUAUAAAUAUUCGGCUUGCUACAAGUUCAUUAAUUCGUCUUUUCUUCUUUUAUUUUGAUUUGAAAUCCAAGGAAGGGACCGUCACCCUUCUGUCGACGUUGUUGUCUUUGCUAAGCAAGAAUAGUUCUCCAACACUAACUAGGUUGAUGUGUCUACAGUUAUUUCUUCGAUUUCGUAGAAAUGCACAAGGUGUAUAUUUGGUUGAACACUUACACGAGCAAGCUGCUUCUUCAAACUUUGGUUUACUGGAAGAAUCAAUGCCUUACGUCUACCCUGUUUCGGAUUCAUUUAUUAACGAUAUUUUAAUCGACAAACAUUGCUGGGGAAGACCGCCUUCUGAUAUUUUUGACGAGAGUGAUGAAAGCGGAAAAGUAACUCUUUUCACAUUUCCUGCAACUUCACUAUUGGAUGCCUAUAGAGAUAUCGUUCUUAAGGAAACCGAAUGGAAUAUGUUCAGCUUUUUUAUCACUCAUUUUCCGGAUCAGUUAAGCAACCGAAGUUUAUUUAUACAGUCAAUCCUUCAAAUUAGGGAUAUAGUUAGCAUUUUCUGUGGAAUGAUUUCUGAGCGCGUAUCAUUUCCCGCUGCUGUACCUGAAGACAUUCGGAAGGCCCAUAUUAUGAUACCUCUUCUUCAAGGUGCUUUAAUGUCGUUCGGAUAUCUGGACAACUUCACACGGGCUGAAAAAGACGAAUUGGUAAAUGCAUUUUUACCAGGACUUGAAAAACGGAAUGAGGUUUGUCAUAUUUGUAUACACGCCUUGUUGCUAUGUUGUUAUGAAAUGCCCGUGUCUAUAAGUAAACAUUUGCCAGCAAUUUUGACAAGACUUUCCAGGCUAAUUACUAAGUCAGAUUUAAGCGUUCAUAUUCUUGAGUUUCUAUCCAGUUUAGCUAGACUGCCGGACCUCAUAGCUAAUUUCACUGACGCUGAUUUUCGACAGGUUUUCGGAGUUUCUUUAAAGUACAUUCAACAUUAUAAUGUAACAAAAAGUGGAAACUCUCAAACCGACGAUACUGCUGUUAUUAAGCAAUCUUAUUCGAGCUAUGUGUUAGCCUUGGCAUAUAAUAUUCUCCAAGUCUGGUUCCUUUCAGUACGGAUUAGUGAACGUAAAAAGUUUGUCCCUUGGAUUUUACGAGGAUUAAGUUUGGCGGCUGAAGGCCAACCACUUGAUGAUUUGAGCUUGGUUCAAUAUGAUAUGAUGCAAAGAUUUUGUUAUUCAAAUUCGGAUAUUCAUAAUCAAGCUCCAAAUGGUAUUGACCCUCACAUGGAUUCACAAACCUGGAUUCGUGGAAACUCCCUUUUUACCGUUAAUGUCUUAAAGAACUUUAAUUACAUGCAAGCCCUUGUACGUCGUCCUUCUGGUACAACACAAUAUACAUUUAGAAAUAUGGCUUAUUUACGAAAUUGGAUGUUUGAGAAAGACUUGUCAGGUUCUAAUGAUCUGCCGUCUCAUAAUGGGUUUGCUCCGACACCUAGUAGUUUUUUCUCACAUUUCUUGGAUCCGCAGGGUAUUUCUGUCAAUAGUCAUCCGAUUCUUCUACCAAAUAAUGAUACUGUGCGGAGAGCAAUAAGUGUUUUCGAUCGGGUUCCAGUUAUUGAGUCUUUGAAGGCUGGUGUCGUUUAUGUCGGCUAUCAACAAACGGCUGAAGCAGAAAUAUUAGCCAAUACAGAUCCCUCUCACGGUUUCAAAGAAUUCCUUAAUGGACUUGGUAUUUUAAAGGAAUUGAAAGGAAGCAAAGAAUUAUAUACUGGAGGUUUGGAUCGAGAACACAAUAUUGAUGGGGAGUUUGCGUAUUAUUGGAGAGACAAGGUCACCCAACUCGUUUUUCAUUGUACAACAUUGAUGCCUACUAAUUUUGAACGAGAUCCUAGCUGUACCAUGAAAAAACGACAUAUUGGGAAUGAUUUUGUGAACAUUAUUUACAACGAAUCGGGUCUGGUUUAUAAUUUUGACACAAUCCCUAGUCAAUUCAGUUUUGUAAAUAUAGUAAUUUCGCCUGAAUUUGAACCAAAUAACUCGUUAAACGAGUCACCCAAAUUUUAUAAGGUGGAAGCUCAGACAAAAUACGAUAUAGACUUUAGUCUUUUUAACAGCCAUAAGCUUGUUUCAUUAGAAUCUUUGCCUGCAAUUGUGCGCGACGUGACAUUGAAUGCAGCGGUAUUUUCUCAUAUUUAUCAUCAAGGUGCCGGUGAUUAUGUUUCAAUAUGGACUGAGCGUUUACGACAAUUAAAGCGAUUAAGAGAACGGUUUUUACCUGCGCAUUUGGCUGAAGAGGAUCAUGAUGGAGAGUUACAGAUAAAACUAAAAAAUGGCACGAACUUUUCGGAUUUUACAAGCUAUCUCUAAUUUACACUGCUGGGCAGUCUUUUUUAAUGAUAGAUAUUAAUACCAUAAUGAAUUUUUUCAUGUCUUAUUAAUAAAAAUUGAUUACUUUUCA